GCCGCCUACUCUUCUCCGUGUGCCGCACUUGUCUAUGUUGCCGCACUUCAGACGAAACGCCAAGCGACGCGUAACGACUCGGGAUUGCAUCUCCAAGAGGAACACACAGCAUCCAAAAGUUACGCGGCAGAUAACGCAGAACUAACAAUGUUACAGUUCAGGAGAACGUUUGAGAAUGAAAAAGUCCAGCUGCAGGAAUUAAACCGCAGACUAAGUCACUACCUGUCCAGAGUGAAACAUCUGGAGCAAGAAAACGCCUGCCUGGUAAAAGAAAUAAGCGCAGUUAGAAAUGAGAGAACUUUCGAGUGGGAAGACCAGUACCUGGCCGAACUGCGAGAACUUAGGAGAACGGUGGACCUGCUAGCUUUUGAGAAGUCUAAAGCUGAGGUGGAACGUGAGAGGCUGCGACGGGAGUUUCAGACGGUUCAGUCGCUGCUCUUCGAAGAGUCGGGAAUGUGCCGUGACAUCGAUGGGGAGCUAAAAGCCUGCAAGGUGCAACUUCAGCAAGCGCAGGCGAAGAACGCCGACCUGGAGGACUUUAUGAUCCAGCUGGAAAACGAAAGCAGGCUUCUAGAAGAAGAGCACAGACGAGAAAUUUCCCAUGUCCAGAACAACAUAUACUCCAGAGCACUGUCCAAUGUCACCCAGACGUACCGAGCUGUUCCGCCGAUUACUGUGGAAGAGGUGGAGCAGUACGCGCUCAGCAUGUCGGAUAACUGCAUGGAGAUGUUCGAGGUGUACCGAAAAAGGGUGGAAGACCUGGAGGAGUCCGUCAGGGCGGACGAGGCUAAAGUGGAGGAUUUGCGCAGAGAGAAGAACCAGUAUGCCGCCGACUUUGAGAAGCUGCGGUCUGAGCUUGAAGAGCAAAAGAGGCUGCAGGUUCACCUUGAGGGGCAGCUGAGGAACACGCAGGACAAGUGCAAAGGGGAGCUCGAGCAUUAUCAGAUGGCUGUAGAGGAUCUGGAGCAGGAACGGAUGAUUCUGACCAGCGCCAUCACAGACAAGCUGAAGGAACAUCAGGAUCUCAUGCAAGUCAAGAUGGGCCUCAGCCUGGAGUUGGCAGCUUACAGGGCACUACUGGAAGGAGAGCAACGAGAUGCAUAUCUCUCGGCAGGCCAGUAUUCAAGAGAAGCACCAAGACGAAUAGGCUCUUCCAUAGUCAGACAAGACAGAAGACCACCUGUGAACAUAGGUUUUGAAACCAGAUGCAUGGAACAAGGGAGAUCUUCAAGAACUUCCCCCGGCGUCAGUCGUUUCAGAUCCUAUGAAGGCCCUGUUGCAACCCUGGGGAGAGCUUCAAGCAGAAGAGAUGUCAUGUCAUGCAGUAAAACACCACAAGUAUCCACAAUCGCUGUAAGGCCAGUGUUACAGAAAUAUGAUCUGAAAACUGAAAUAGCGGAAGAAGUGAUGGUGCAAAAGAAAGAUGUCUCCCAGCACUCCGCGAAUCAUCAGAAGUUCAUAAAGGAUUUCAGUCCCCUUCCCUCACCAACAUCAGAUAAGAGGGAAAUAGACCUGAAAGAGGCACAUAAGACGUGUGUGAGAGUUGUGUCCCCUCCAAUGAUGAGUUUAAUGACAAUGUCAGAAAAAGAAGGUGAGGAGGAUGCCGGAGACAUUAAGGCUGAUAAGAGUGAGGACAGAAAGGAAGCUGAUUACAGUGUCACUCUGGAGCAAGGAAAGAUUGACGAGGAGGAGGAAGUGGAUGCUCCGACAAUAGAGGAGGUCAUGAUAACGACCCAGGGUGAAUUUUCAGAUGACUCACAAAUUAAAGAGGAGAAGGAGAGUAAGAGGGUUGAUUCAGCUGAGGAGAAGGAGGAAGGGGGAGGUUCUCAGAAGGAGGAGGUCACAGCAAUAACCCAGGAUGAUUUUUCAGAUGAUUCACAAAUUAAUGAGGAGAAGGAGAGUAAAAGGAUUGAUCCAGCUGAGGAGAAGGAGGAAGAGGGAGGUUCUCAGAAGGAGGAGGUCACAGAAAUAACCCAGGAUGAUUUUUCAGAUGAUUCACAAAUUAAUGAGGAGCAGGAAAGUAAAAGGAUUGAUCCAGCUGAGAAGGAGGAAGAGGGAGGUUCUCAGAAGAAGGAGGUCACAGCAAUAACCCAGGAUGAUUUUUCAGAUGACUCACAAAUUAAUGAGGAGAAGGAGAGUAAGGGGAUUGAUCCAGCUGAGGAGAAGGAGGAAGAGGGAGGUUCUCAGAAGGAGGAGGUCACAGAAAUAACCCAGAAUGAUUUUUCAGAUGAUUCACAAAUUAAUGAGGAGAAGGAGAGUAAAAGGAUUGAUCCAGCUGAGGAGAAGGAGGAAGAGGGAGGUUCUCAGAAGGAGGAGGUCACAGCAAUAACCCAGGAUGAUUUUUCAAAUGACUCAGAAAUUAAAGAGGAGAAGGAGAGUAAGAGGAUUGAUCCAGCUAAGGAGAAGGAGGAAGAGGGAGGUUCUCAGAAGGAGGAGGUCACAGAAAUAACCCAGGAUGAUUUUUCAGAUGAUUCACAAAUUAAUGAGGAGAAGGAGAGUAAGAGGAUUGAUCCAGCUGAGGAGAAGGAGGAAGAGGGAGGUUCUCAGAAGGAGGAGGUCACAGAAAUAACCCAGGAUGAUUUUUCAAAUGAUUCACAAAUUAAUGAGGAGAAGGAGAGUAAGAGGAUUGAUCCAGCUGAGGAGAAGGAGGAAGAGGGAGGUUCUCAGAAGGAGGAGGUCACAGAAAUAACCCAGGAUGAUUUUUCAAAUGACUCAGAAAUUAAUGAGGAGAAGGAGAGUAAGGGGAUUGAUCCAGCUGAGGAGAAGGAGGAAGAGGGAGGUUCUCAGAAGGAGGAGGUCACAGCAAUAAUCCAGGAUGAUUUUUCAGAUGACUCAGAAAUUAAAGAGGAGAAGGAGAGUAAGAGGAUUGAUCCAGCUGAGGGGAAGACCAUGGCAACAGUAAGCUUGGAGGAAAUUAUUGAAAAAGUUAUAAAGCCUGCUGGUCUGGAUGCACAUCUUAGUUCAUCACCAGACUCAAAGAUCACCUAUCAUGUUGAGAAAACAGAAGCAGAGAAUGGCACAACCCAAAUAAUACUAGAGUCAAAGAUAGAGGAGGAUCUGGAUGUGUCUGAUGAGGCUUUGGAAGAGCUCCUCAACAAAGAAGUUAAGAAAGUCACUCUAGAGGAUGUCAAAGGAACUGCUGCUGGAAGUAUGAUUGAAAACUUGCUUUCUUUUGGGCUAGCAAAAGGCGAAGACUUGGAAAAGCUGUCAGUAAAUGUUGAAAUAAUCGAGGAGCCACUGGAAGCACACAGCAAGGAGGACAGCAAGGUCACUCCAACGACAGUGUUCUUUCAGUCUUCUUCAAAAUUUAUCCAAAUUGAAGAGUUAGAGAAUGACCCUCCACCGCCUGAACAUUAUGACAGUGGUGUUGAAGAAUUAAAGACUUCAGUGAUAGCUGAAGAAUACGGACGAGUGGAAGUGCAAGAGGGUUUGAAAGAUACAGACGUCACAUAUUACAGUCAAGAAACUGAAUAUUACGUGUCCACACCGGAUGAUGAUCCUGAGGAAGGCCCUUUAUCGUCUUCUGAACACUGUGAAGCAGUUCAUGGCUUGUCAGAUGAAACAUGCCAUCAAAAAGGACCUGUAAUCAGCCAAGAGGAUUCUGAUAGUCAAGAAUCAGAAUCCAAAGUAACAUAUAUGAUCAGUGAACUUGCCAGCAGUGAGGACAGAGAUUCACUGUGUGUUGUAGAAAGAGAAGUUCAAGUCUCUCCCCAAAUGCAAGAGGCUAUGCUAGAUGUUCUGCAAGAAGACUCAGAGGACCCAAAGCAACAGCUGAGGGAACUUUUGGAAGAGCUCCAAGGAGAAGUGAGUGGGGAAUUAAAGGAAAAUGUAUCUCUUAUCCCAAGAAAUGAUGAAGAAGGUGAUGGCGGUCUGUCUGUAGACAUCAGAAAAGUACAGAAGGAUUCGGAUGAGAAUUCAAUGACCGUUGUAGCAGAGAUCAAUGUUUCACAGACUCUAGAAGGUUCUGAACUGUUGCAGGAGCAGGACAAAGAUACGUUUGAAGAGAGAGAACGGUCAGUGAAUGUAGACGGCAGUCCAGAGGAACAUGACAGGGUUAGUCGUUCUGAGGAAUGCAGUACUCCUCAGAUUGAUGUCAACAAUGUUAAGAUUGGGGCUCCUCGUCCACAAGCUGAUAGAAGUGAGGAGAUCAGUCAGGAGGGGGACAUGAAGACAUGGCAGGAGUACACCGCAGAGUGUGCCGAAAUCAUCCAGGUGCUACAAAGCAAAGAAGCUCCACCCCAGUUAAAAGUGAAUCAAGAGGAAACAAUCGUCUACCUGGAAAGCCGUGAAGAAGCAUAAUCACUCUAGUUCUAAUACAAUACUGCUUGGCUGAGUGACCAUGGCCACCUGCCACCUACAGCAUGACACGUUUUCUGUUCGAGCCUCAUUAAGGGUGAUAUCAUUUUAACUGUAGCUCUGCCGCAUUUAAUGAAAUAUCCUUGGUGUUCCCCGCCUGAAAUAUUUUAGUACAUAUUUAGAAUAGCAUGAAAAUACGUAAUCAAAAGACCGCAACAGGAGCUUAAAUCUAAUCUAAAUAAUUUCAUUACAGGUCUGAUGUAACAGUUUGGCUGUAUACAUGUUGCUGUUCAUUCAUGUAACGCGUUUGUAAAGCUGCCGUUUACAGUUGGUAACAACUUUAUAGCUGCUUUCCUGCACAGUGUCAUUUAAGACAUUUAGUUAGGUGUGAGAUGCGCUGGACAAAAAGACCUUUUAUCUUGUUUGGUUUUUGGGUGCAACAAUAUUUUUCUGCGUAUACUUUAAUUACCAGGAGAACAAUCUUAUCUGAACUCAUGUUAUUUUUUUAAUGUGACACAUGUUCUCGCACACCUUUGCUACUCCUUUCAGUUAGUUAGGAAUGGGAAGCUGAGUGUAAAAAUAAACACACUCAUGUUUGUUCGAUCGCCUUGGGAUGGACUGGCGUGUUGUCCAGGGAGUUUCCCCGCCCUAUGCAGCCUGGCCAGACUCCUAGUCUCCCAUGACCCUCACCAGGGUAUGCAGUGGGAAGGCGGAUGCAUGUUUCUUCAAGCUGAUUAGUCAGAAUAAAAUCAAGUUGCUCAGGCAGGAUUACUAAGCUGGCUUUUCUAGGCACUGAGGGUCACCUGAUGUUUUGUUUCACUGGGUUCAUCUUGCUUAUGGGAUGAGUUACCGGGUCACCCAUCAAUUAUUAUUGAACCGAGAGGAAGCACCUUUCAGAGGAGAGAUCGGCUUAAUGGUCAAGCAGCCCUUGCAGUUUAAGUUUCACUGAACAGAUCUCUGUAAGACCUUUGUUUGUAAAUGAUGGACAGUGUCGUCCUGUAAACCACAAACAGCAGAACAUCAUCUGGUACAAAUAUCAUGCAAAUUAUCAGCUGCUCUUAAAUGGAUCUGUUAUUUUACCCUUUGGAAGCUUCUAAGGAUGUGUUGUUCAGUAGAAGUUUUCAAUGUGACCCUGUGCUGUAAGAUGGAUGGAGUGAUGAUUUUAUUAAUUUUUUUUACAUGCUGACAAUAAAAUCCAUGGAGUGUG